AUUAAAUGCUGACUCAGCACAUUUUGUCGCGCUGUGUGGCCGGAGAAGAAGAAGAUGAAGAUGACGAUGAUGGCAGUGGUGGCUGGUGUUGCGGCUGUGAUGAUGGUGCUGCUGCUGGCGAGCAGUGUCCCAGCAGAGGCGAGGGCCCUCAACGCAACAAGCAACAGCUGUGUCCUGAAAGCAACACGCAAGAAUCCAGUGGAGAUUGACUUGAGCCCGCUGACCGUGAAGAUUGACUACAUCAUCAAGUCCACGCUCGUGCAGACGACGGACUUUGACUUUAACAUCUGCGGCGACAUUCAGUUUUCAGACAGCGCAUGCCCUCCAGGGACCAUGGUGUGCGAGCGAUACGAUACACAAGGGCAGAAGAAAGGCAAGAACGUGUAUGGCUUGACGAAACACAUGAAGCUUGAGCAUGCACCAGACAACCAAGACGGCAUCACGGCCAUUCUGACCGCCAAAGGCGACAAGUGCCCAAGCUCCAACGCCGACCACUACCACACCGAGAUGCGCUUCAAGUGCGGAAAGGGCGGCUACAACCCACCCACCAUCAAGCAGGAGAGCGAACUCAACUGCUUCGUCGCCAUUCAGUUGUCGACCCCGUACGCAUGUGGGACUGAGAAGCACCCGAGCGGCGGUGGCGGCAUGUCUGCGGGCACCGUCAUCGCCAUCCUCAUAUUCGUGCUGCCGCUCUCGUACAUGGCGCUUGGCGCUGCGUAUAUGUUCUCGCGUGGCGGUCGCGGUGCUGAGCUCAUUGUCCACAGGGACUUCCUCGCCAGUUUGCCGGGCCUCAUUGCGGAUGGCUUUGGCUUUGUUGCAACUCGCCUGUCCGGCCGCAAGGUCGAGUACGCGCGGCUGUGAUGAUGAUGAUGACGACGAGUGAUGUGACGAGAUGGCGGUAACUCCAACGGGUGAGGCGAUGGGAUGGAAGAGGCAUAGCAGUGCGAGAUUAGGGGCAGCUGAUGUAUGCAUGUGCGCAUGUGUACUCUUGUGUGAAUAAAGCGAACACAGCACGUGGUG